AUGAUGCAGAUGUAUUCCAGCAUAAUGCGUGGUAGGAAUUUAGUUAAUUUUGCCGUUAAAUCGCGGUUAUGUCAACGAGAUACAAGGUUUAGAAAAAAACCUAAAUAUGGUUCUAGAUACCUAAAAAAUAAUUCUAAUGUGUUUUCUUUUAAUGCUUGGGAUGAUGUUGAUUGGGAUGAAACACAAGAAGCUGAAGCGUUAAAAAAAGUACAAAUUAACAGCACAGUAAAAUUUUCUGAUUCUGAUAUUGAGAAAUAUGAAACCGAGGCCGAUAAAAACUGGGAUAAAUUUUACGAUAUACACACAAAUAGAUUUUUUAAAGACCGCCACUGGUUAUUUACAGAAUUUCCGGAAUUGGCAAGUGAAAACUCAGAAGGCCAAAAAACUAUUUUUGAAAUUGGCUGUGGGGUUGGCAAUACGGUUUUUCCCAUAUUGCAGUAUUCCAAGAGUGAAAAUAUUUUUAUAUAUUGCUCAGAUUUUUCAAGUAAAGCUAUAGAUAUAUUAAAGGAAACGGAAAUGUAUGACGAAAAUAGGUGUAAAGCUUUUGUUUUGGAUGCUACACAGGAAAACUGGGAUGUUCCAUUUGAGAAAAAUAGUGUGGAUAUUAUAGUUUUAAUAUUUGUACUUUCAGCAAUAAAUCCUGAGAAGUUUCAACAUGUAGCAAAACAAAUUUCAAACUACUUAAAACCAGGUGGUUUAAUUUUAUUCCGUGAUUAUGGGAGAUAUGACUUGGCCCAGUUAAGAUUUAAACCAGGACGUUGUUUGGGGGACAAUUUCUAUGUAAGGGGUGAUGGAACCAGGGUAUAUUUUUUCACACAGGGGGAAGUAAAGGAUAUUUUUGAAAGUGUUGGGCUCCAGGAACUAGAAAAUAGGGCUGAUAGAAGACUACAGGUUAAUAGGGGCAAACAAUUAAAAAUGUACAGAGUUUGGAUACAAGCUAAAUACAAAAAACCUGAAUAA